UUUCUCUCCUGUUAGUAUACUUCAACUUGCCUUUGCAAUCUUCACUCGUUUGGCUGAUUCUAAUCCCCUCAGGCUAAGAGAGGAUUCUUCUCGCGAUGGAUCAUAUAGAGCCCGUCGACGGCUCUAAUGGUUCUUCUGCAGAAGGUCCGAGGCCACCCUCCACGACUCCUCAACCGACGUCAUUACAGCAGCGACAACGUGCGACGUCGCUCCGCUCUCGCCGCCCUACCAUCCGCCUUCAGCGCCUCCCGUCUUUGGAGACCGCCAUCCCCCAAAUCCAGCCCGGAGUCUCUCGGGGCACUGGCAAUGCUUCAAGUAUCAAUGUCGCAUCGCCGCCUCCCGCAAAAGGCGCAGAUGAAGACUCAUGGCAGGGAAAUCGUCGCCGCAGCAGUUCCGAGCCCCGGCCUGGGAGGUGGUCUGCUCCCAAUCCAUCUGCCCUUCCCCGUCUCCCACAAGACCAAAUGCAUCCCUUGAUGGAAGAGCCGGCAAAUCUAAGUCCGAUCAAUUUAGCUCCUUCGAGUCGGCCGUUUUCCGAAGUGCCUCCCUCGGGGUCCCCACCACCCCGGGUGCAAAGGCGAGGAAGUUUGGGUCUUCUGCGUUGGACGAGUGAAGCAGCUAUGAACCGGUUCUCGCGGAAUCGCGUAUCUGCGAGCGGGGCCGCUCCUCCAUCAGAGGCCGACACUACGCACAAUGAAUACCAUCCCCACGUGGUGGAUGUCUUAGAUGUUAUUGACCCGGAAGUUUCAGCACUAUCGACCCUGACAAAUGUCCAAAACUCCUUGUUCGUGCCCAAUUUGGGUCCGUUAAUCAAUCGCAACCAGACUUAUGCACUUUCACCGCCGAGAGAGUCGUCGGAGUCGACUGGGGAGGAAACGACGGAAACAGAAGAGGGCGAGGAGCCAUUCGAGAAACCCCUUGAAGGCCGUCCAUCACUAGAACGACCCUUGACAAGCCUAUCAGCAGUCUUGGGGAAACAAGAUCCACAAUUUGCCGUGCUACCUGAAGGAAGCAAUCUCGAGGGUUGGACAGCGAGAGACAUAGAAGAAUUGAACGAUCAUGUCAGGCACAUGUUACAUUCUCGUCGUUCCAAGUUUAAACGGGCAAUGAAGGGCUUUGGGAAAUAUGUUUCUAAACCACUCGGGUUUCUCAUCACCCUAUACGCAACUCUUAUUACGCUUUUCGGUCUAGCCUGGGUGCUGUUCCUGAUUGGUUGGAUUAACGUCGGUGGGCGGCAGCUGUACAUCAUCAACGUGAUUGACAACGUUCUUGUCGCCUUGUUCGCCAUUAUGGGUGAUGGGCUAGCACCGUUCCGUGCGAUUGACACAUACCACAUGUGUUUCAUUGCUCACUACACAUUUCGAACAUGGAAAGUCCGUCGAAAGCGUCAACUGCCAGAUCUCAAAGAUAAAAAUGAUCUACCCACUCGUCGCGAGAUCGAUGUCGACGUUGAAUUCGGGGAUACGCCUAAAGACGAAGAGUAUGAGUUUACUGUGCUGAACCGUCUGCAGCAGCAAAAGCUGAUUCACCAUCAAACGAAAUUGUCCAAGUCUCAUACCUUCUACAAACCUCACGAAACCCUGACCCACCACGCCUUCCCUCUUCGCAUGCUUAUCGCCAUUGUUGUCCUGUUAGACUGCCAUUCCAUGCUUCAAAUCGCGCUCGGCGCCUGCACGUGGGGCAUCAGUUAUCACCACCGUCCUUUCGCCCUAACUACUGUCAUUCUUUGUUGUUCAAUUACUUGCAAUAUCACCGGUGGCGUCCUCAUCAUGAUUGGCGAUAGAAAGACUCGGAAGAAGGAUGUGGUGGAACGGCUGUUCCGUGAGCAACUCACUAAAGAAGCAAUGAAGAAGGUCAAUAAAAAGAAACAGAAACGGCAACAAAAGAUUGAAGAACAGGACGAACCGCGAUUGUCAGUUUCCUCGCGCCCUAAGCCCUAUGACGGAACAUAGGAAAGUCCUCGCCUUCUGUGCCAUCAUAAAAGCCCUUUACGACCGCAUGAGCUUUUCUUUCUAAACCGUACACGCAUAUACAACUAUGACUUUGAUAUUGCUUUGUUAUACCUCCCUAGCUUGGUUCUUUUCUCCGAUGUUUAUAUAUUUAUGAUCUACGCUUCUUUUAUCUUGCUUUUGCUUAUCAUGAUGUCCGGAGAUCUAGCUUUGGCAUAUUCUAUACAAAUGUAAUGCUGUCUUGUGCACUGCUGAGUUAUGUACUGUACUAUACACAAGACUUGAACUAUAACUUUCUGAGAAGUAUUUAACGGUCUAGAUUUAUUGCUCUUGCUAAAUAUAUCCUGUCCUACUAUAA